ACAUUCGCUGGCUACUUUUGCCCUCAGAGUUUCCAGCGUGUGUUUAUCAUGUCUUUGAUCUAUUUUCGUCCAAGUUGCACUCCUCCAACUGGAUCUUGAGUCUAGUGGGCAGACAUUUGUUCACAACAGAACUACUAACCUGCACCUAAGUGGAACAUUGGCUCAGACAAGGAGGAUCAUCUCUUUUGGAGGCUAAUGCAGGUGGUGUCUAUCGCUCUGCGCAGUGAUAUGGAGACGGAGCCAUGUGAAGAGCAUGAAGACCCUGCACUGGAGCCUACAGAGCCCGAGGUAAGGCCCGAUGGUGCCAUUUCUGAGCUUGCUGAUGGGGACAGUCACACUGAGCUGCCCUGUGGGCCUGCAGAGGAGGACAAGGAGCUGAGUGGGAAAGAAAUGGCUGAAACAGAGAGCUGUGCAGGAGAGAGUAAAAGCACAGAGAUAAAACCCCCCUCUGAUCCUGAGCAAAGUGGAGAUGGAGAAUGCAAGGAGCGGAGGAAAUUGAAAAAAACAAACAGCUGGAAGAUGGUGCGAUUUCAAGACCCAUCAAUAGAGGAUGACGUGUCGGAGAGAGACAGCUCAGCAGAGAGUCUCUUUCCGGAGUAUGCGAUGGUGGAGUGGACUUGCUCCACCUUCGAGGAGCUGUUCAUGGCAGAUGACUGGCAAAACAUCACAGAGGACCGGCUGUUAAGGAAGAAGCUGGUAGAGACCGGGGCCCCGUGCGCCUUGAGUCCCACCUGGGGCCAGGAAGUCACUGUGAAGAUGCAAUGUGUCCUGGAGGACCGCACUGUGGUAGAGAAAGACUGCAAGCUCGUCUUUGUUAUUGGAGAAGGAGAUGUAAACCAGGCCCUGGAGGAGUGUGUCAUGUCCAUGCAGAAGGGCGAGAUCACGUUACUGCUGGCAGAUUCACUGUAUGCCUAUGGACUUCUCGGAAGAGAGCCUGAUAUUCCAGCCUGGGCUCCUCUGCUCUACCAGCUCCAGCUGCUGGACACCAGAGACAAACCGGACCCGUUGACUCUGCCAAUUGCAGACCGCAUCCGCAUCGGCAACCAGAAACGAGAGCGAGGAAACUUUCAUUUCCAGAGGGAGGAAUACAGCAUGGCUGCCAGGGCCUAUUGUAUGGCUCUGGAUGUGCUGACUACACGCAGCAGAGACAGCAACGACGACUCUGUGAAGGUGGCGGAGGAGGAGGAGGUGCAGGACUACCGGGUGAAGUGUAUGAACAACCUGGCCACUGCUCAGUUCAAACUGGAGCAGUAUGACGAGGCGCUGCACACCAGCUGGGACGUUCUGACCCUGGAGCCAAACAAUGUCAAGUCCCUUUUCAGGACGGGAAAGCUCCUGUCAGACAAGGGUGAAUACAAGGAGGCGAUGGAGGUGCUAAAAAGGGCUUUGAAACUGGAGCCAGCCAACAAGGCGAUCCAUGUCGAGUUAUCUAAACUUGUCAGAAGACAAUCAGGAGGCAAAGAAACUCAAGAAUGGAAAGCUAAACCAGCCGAGAUGCUUGGAGAGAAUAUAGCGCCUUUCCUGAUUCCUUCUAAGAAGAAACCAUCUGGAAUUUCCUGGAAGUUUAUACUCGGAGCUCUGGUUGUGGCCUUGGGCAGCUUAGUGACGUCAAUGAUCCUGACGGCAAGAAACUGAAAUCCCUUGCAGGAAGCACUUUCAGAAUCCUAAUCAACACCAUUAUUAUGUGCAGAGUCCCCAGUCGUUUUUAGUUUAUUUAAAAAGAGUUUUAUACUGUGAAGUCAUGAAAGUAUGCAAUACAGCAGCUCCACAGCUUGAAGUUGUAUUUAUGGUAGAAAAACGUUCCACUGAAAGGUGUACAGUAUUUAUAAAAAUGAGGAGCAUCAAAUGAAUUCCAGCAGGGAUUUCUGCUGAUCGAUAAGACAGACGUUCCUAAGUCAUCUUUCCAGUUACGUCUGUUUUAUUUGGAAAAGGGAUUACAUUUCUGUUUGUAAUUUAAAAAAAAAUGGUCCUGGAAAAUAUUCUGGUAUUCCAGAGACUCAAAAAAAAAAGUGGCCCUGAAACUUUUGUAAAGGCUGUAACCCAACUGCAAAAAGUAAUUUUAGUCAACAAGUAACAAUUUUCAAUUCUGAGAAAUAUUUGAAUAUUUGAUUCGUACUCCAAUAAUUGAAGCUGUUGAACUCUGUGAUGUAAUAUUGCUUACACUAAUGCUUAAUAAAAAUGUUUUAAAAAUAAAAUAA